CAUUAACGGUGGCAACGGUGGCACUGUCAAUUGGACUGGAGGUAACAUGCCAGGUGGUGUUGCCAACGGUGACGGCAGUCUUACUACUAGGAAUUGGACUGGGGGUGACAUGAGCGGUGAUGUUACUGGUGUUGGCAAUCGCAGCGGGGGCGAUGGCGUUACCGGCAGUGGCGAAUCCAGUGGAAGUGCUUACACUGGUGCGGAGAACAAUGGAAGUGCUUAUGGCCGUGGUGCCAAUGGCAGUAGUGGUGAAAAUAGUGCGCCCUAGUUUCGAGAGGGGCAAUUUGUG